UGACACAAUCAUUGAUUUUUCUCAAAAAGACGGUACCUCAAGUACAAUCACAAUAUUUAUAAUUUUAGGAAAUUGGCUUGCUUAUACUAAACCAUGUACUUUUCGUUAGUCUAUAAGCAAGUAAGAGUCAGCAGGAUAUUUCCUGUUUUCAAAAAAUUCAAAGUUUGAGACCAUCGUGAAAACAAGCCAUAAAAAUUAUCUUCAAAAAUAUAAAAAUGUUGGGAAGAAAGCAAAGCCUUAAAGGCGAACCGGUACUAGCAGAUUAUGGGCCGGAAGAGUCGCUUAAUGAAAGUGCCGAUAUAGAAUGGGUGAAUAAGAAUUGGGUUAGAAGAAUUUUAAGGUUUUGUGCUCUUUUAAGUUUGAUAUCGGUUUCUGCCAAUACUCCAAAGACCUUUGAAAAAUAUCCAAUUAUGCAAAUAGUUACAUUUUCUGUCGAUUGCACUGUAACACUUUUGUUUACUGCAGAGAUGAUUGCUAAGAUGCACAUAAGAGGAAUUUUGAGGGGUGAUGUUGCCUAUUUAAAGGACCACUGGUGCCAGUUUGAUGCUUCCAUGGUAUUUUUUCUCUGGGUAUCAGUUUUACUUCAGAUGUUUGAAUUGACUGGAAUUGUGCCAAGAUAUAGUUAUUUAAGUAUACUUAGAGCACCAAGACCACUGAUUAUGAUAAGGUUUUUGAGGGUCUUUUUGAAGUUUUCUAUGCCUAAGUCCAGGAUAAACCAAAUAUUCAAGAGAUCAAGUCAACAAAUAUACAAUGUAACUCUGUUCUUUCUCUUCUUUAUGUCAUUAUACAGUUUAUUAGGAGUUCAAUUUUUUGGAGAGUUAACACACCAUUGUGUUAGAAAUGACACUGAUCCAAAUGAAAUCACAAUAAAUUCUCUAGCGAUUCCGGAUACAUUUUGUUCACCGGAGCCCAAUUCUGGUUACCAGUGUUCCAAGGGCAUGAAGUGUAUGAAACUCAACUUGUCUAAAUACAUUAUGGGGUUCAAUGGUUUUGAAGAGUUUGCUACCAGUUUAUUCACGGUUUACCAAGCGUCAUCCCAAGAAGGCUGGGUUUUUAUAAUGUAUCGCGCAAUUGACUCGUUACCAACAUGGAGAUCAGCUUUAUACUUCAGUACUAUGAUAUUCUUUCUGGCUUGGCUGGUGAAGAAUGUAUUUAUUGCUGUAAUUACGGAGACAUUCAAUGAAAUAAGAGUGCAGUUCCAGCAGAUGUGGGGUGUGAGGAAUCCCAUUACAAAGAGUAGUACAACUCAGUUUUUCACUGGAGACGAUAGCGGAUGGAAACUAGUUACGAUUGAUGAGAACAAACAUUCCGGAAGUGCACCUGAAAUCCUACACAAAAUGCUGAGGUCAGCCUAUUUUCGACUGUUAGUUAUGGGUGUGGUUUUGGCAAACGGUAUUAUCACGGCCACAAUGGACUUCAAACACGACGACAAUCCUCGCGAAUUCUUUUACGAGAAAUACUAUUAUAUAGAAAUUGCAUUCACAAUAUUUUUGGACUUGGAAGCACUUAUGAAAAUAUGGUGCCUCGGAUGGAAGGGGUACUUCAAACAUUCAGUACACAAGUUUGAGCUGUUGUUGGCUAUCGGAACAACUAUUCAUAUAAUACCGCAAUUGUAUAUGUCUGGAUUUACAUAUUUUCAAGUUCUACGAAUCGUAAGGUUGAUAAAAGCGUCGCCACUGUUAGAAGGAUUCGUGUACAAAAUAUUCGGUCCGGGUAAAAAACUGGGGAGUCUAAUUAUCUUUACCAUGUGCUUACUAAUUAUCAGUUCGUCGAUAUCAAUGCAGCUCUUUUGCUUUCUCUGCGAGUUUACCAAGUUUGAGACGUUUCCUGAGGCAUUCAUGUCCAUGUUCCAAAUAUUGACUCAAGAAGCUUGGGUCGAAGUUAUGGAUGAGACAAUGGUUCGAACAAGUCAGACGUUAACACCACUCGUUGCGAUUUACUUCAUACUAUACCACUUAUUUGUCACAUUGAUUGUGCUGUCACUUUUCGUAGCCGUGAUUCUUGAUAACUUAGAAUUAGAUGAAGAUAUCAAAAAGUUGAAGCAGCUGCGCUAUAGACAGCAGAGUGCAGAGAUUAAAGAAACCUUGCCUUUUCGUCUUAGAAUCUUCGAGAAAUUUCCGGAUAGUCCACAAAUGACCAAAUUGCAUAAAGUACCCGGAGAUUUUAAUUUGCCAAAGGUUCGAGAAUCCUUCAUGCGUCAAUUCGUAUGUGAGGUUGAGGGUGAGGAAGAAGGUGGUAUGGUGGGGGGUCCUAUCGGUGGACGUACGAUAGCAGGGGAUCUAUCCAGACGCGCUUUUGAAUAUAUCGGUGUCGAUAAGAUCGCCUUUCCAUAUCGAAAGCGAUGUCUGGUAAAAACACUAGUUGUGGCACCACCGGCGCAACGCCCAAGCUCUGCGCUUAGGAGACAUGUUGUGGCUUCGAUUAUUAAUGACUCGAACAACCAUAGGCGUCUAGUUCUAGGUGACUCAGCGUUAUUGGCAACGGGUGGCAAAUCUGGGCUGAAGUCACAAGGGACUGUAUCGAGUGCAAAACAACUGCGGGUAGACCAAAAAAAAUUCGGUUCAAGAUCAAUCCGGCGUUCGGUCCGCAGCGGUUCCAUCAAACUGAAGCAGACCUACGAGCAUCUUUUGGAGAAUGGGGACAUUGGAGCUGCGUCACGAGUUGUACCCUCUUCCAGAGCUCGGCCGCCGUAUUUGGAUAUACGGUUGUUGCAGGCUAAGAGGCAGCAGGCGGAAAUGAGAAGAAAUCAACGCGAAGAAGAUCUAAGAGAGAACCAUCCAUUAUUCGACACGCCUCUAUUGAUCGUACCCAGAGAGUCACGGUUUCGUAAAAUUUGUCGUGCGAUUGUCGACGCCAGAUAUGACGCUCGUUUAAGAGAUCCAGUCACAGGAAAUGAACGAAAAGUUCACUAUAAGAGUUUUCAUAACUUCUUGGGCCUAGUGACGUACCUUGACUGGGUGAUGAUAAUGGUAACGACUCUAUCAUGUGUGUCCAUGAUGUUUGAGACCCCAACUUAUAGGGUCAUGGAUAACUUGGUCCUACAGAUCGCGGAAUAUGGCUUCGUGAUUUUUAUGAGCUUUGAGUUGGCUUUGAAAAUAUUGGCAGAUGGAUUGUUUUUUACACCCAAAGCAUAUCUGAAAGAUGCAGCUGCCGUAUUGGAUGUAUUCAUUUACAUUGUGUCUUUAACAUUCCUCUGUUGGAUGCCGGUCCGCGUACGCGCAGGUUCAGUAGCCCAAAUGCUGUUGAUCCUUCGUUGUGUGCGUCCUCUACGAAUAUUUACACUUGUCCCACACAUGCGCAAAGUUGUCUAUGAACUGUGCCGGGGAUUUAAGGAGAUAUUGCUGGUAUCGACGCUGCUAAUUUUGCUUAUGUUUGUUUUUGCAAGCUAUGGGGUUCAACUGUAUGGUGGCAGAUUAGCCCGUUGCAACGACCCGACGAUACAACGUCGCGAGGAUUGCGUUGGUGUGUUCAUGCGUCGUGUGUUCGUGACCAAAAUGAAAAUACGGCCUGGACCCAAUGAGACAUUCCCUUCUAUGCUAGUGCCGCGAGUUUGGGCGAAUCCGAAACGGUUUAAUUUUGACAAUAUCAGAGAUGCAUUGCUGACUUUAUUCGAAGUUCUAUCCUUCAAAGGAUGGUUGGAUGUACGUGAUGUGUUAAUUAAAGCGUUGGGACCAGUUCACGCAAUAUACAUUCACGUAUAUAUUUUCCUUGGCUGUAUGAUUGGUCUAACAUUAUUUGUGGGUGUGGUCAUCGCUAAUUAUUCUGAAAAUAAAGGGACAGCCUUGCUGACCGUCGACCAGAGGAGAUGGUGUGACCUAAAGAAGAGAUUGAAAAUUGCUCAACCCCUGCAUUUGCCGCCUCGACCGGACGGUAGAAAAGUGCGAGCUUUCGCGUAUGACGUCACACAAAAUCUUACCUUCAAACGAGUUAUUGCUAUCGUCGUGCUUAUUAAUAGCGGCCUCUUAGCUGUUACCUGGUCCCGUCACUCCUCAAACACAGAACGCUUAGCCCUGACAUCCGCUCUGCUCACUCUAGUGUUUGUGGUAGAAGUUCUCCUAAAGACCAUAGCCUUUACGCCGCGUGGCUAUUGGCAGAGUCGUCGCAAUAGAUACGACCUCCUUGUAACGGUUGCUGGGUGCAUAUGGAUAUUCAUGCAUUUUACACUUAAGAACGACCUAUCCUACUUCGUGGGUUUCAUGGUGGUGAUACUGCGUUUCUUCACCAUCACCGGCAAACACACCACCCUAAAGAUGCUGAUGCUCACCGUCGGUGUUAGCGUCUGUAAGAGUUUCUUCAUCAUCUUUGGCAUGUUUCUGCUGGUCUUCUUCUAUGCCUUAGCUGGAACUAUUGUCUUUGGCAACGUCAAGUAUGGAGAAGGUAUCGGAAGACGAGCGAACUUCAACUCGCCAAUUCACAGCGUGGCAAUGCUCUUCCGUAUAGUGACAGGCGAAGAUUGGAACAAAAUUAUGCACGAUUGCAUGGUGGCGCCACCUUACUGCACACCCGCUGAUAAUUAUUGGGAAACCGAUUGUGGCAAUUUCACGGCUUCAUUGGCGUACUUCUGCACUUUUUACGUUAUUAUCACGUAUAUUGUCCUCAAUUUGCUGGUCGCUAUUAUAAUGGAAAACUUCUCGUUAUUUUAUUCGAAUGAGGAAGAUGCAUUGCUGUCAUACGCCGAUAUUAGAAACUUCCAGAAUACCUGGAACAUUGUAGAUGUACACCAAAAAGGCGUUAUACCAGUGAGAAAAGUAAAGUUCAUCCUUCGGUUACUAAAGGGUCGUUUAGAAUGUGAUACUCACAAGGAGCGACUCUUAUUCAAAUAUAUGUGCUACGAGCUCGAAAGGCUGCAUAACGGGGAAGAUGUUACCUUCCAUGACGUCAUCAAUAUGUUGUCAUAUCGCACCGUGGACAUUCGUAAAUCUCUGCAAAUGGAAGAGUUACUCGCAAGGGAGGAAUUUGAGUUCCUUAUAGAAGAAGAAGUCGCCAAGCAGACAAUUCGCACUUGGCUGGAAGGCUGUCUAAAGAAGAUACGAGCUAAUACUAGCAAACAACAAACAAGCCUCAUAGCGGGUUUGCGCAAAACAAAUGAACAAUUGCUCGACUUACCAAACGAGAAGACUGAAAAGGAGAAGUCCGACACAGAAGCCCAAGAAAUAGCAACAAGCACCGGGCGAACAGAGAUAACAGAGUCGACUUCCCAACCUAUUAUAUCAAACAUUGCAACAUCACUGGAUUCCCUACCUAAGCGGCCUUCAACUAAGAACCAAUUAAAAAGAACUGGACUGCCCUCCGUUACUAUACCGAGACCAGAAAGUCCUAUCAAGAAGUACCUACAGCCAACGCUAAGUGAUCCACAUCCUGCUUUAAACAAGAAACCAACCCCGCCAGUAAAAAGCAAUCGAAGCGGUGUAUCAGUAAUUGCAACUGGCUUAAGUGCGAGCACGUACCCUCGCGAACAAGCAGCUAUCACGCACGUAGUAUCGUGGUGGAGUAACGCACUAACUGAUCGGAAUAUGCCGUGCGACUAGCGCCCGCGUAUACGUCGCGUACGGACAAGGUCGCCCGCUGCAUUAAUGCAUAGCGCUCGUGCGUUUUGAAUUGAUAGUUUCGAAGUGCUAUCAACUAGAAAUAUUUCCAGUAAAAAUGUUUGUUUAGCGGCUACACAUCAUUUUCAGCAAAUAAUUUUACCUACUUUUUACUGGAUAUUUUUGGUUGGUAUCAGACCUAGAUUUUAUCAAUUGUACUGUGGAAUAUAAGCAUCAAUUUGAUCUAUAGAGACAGAUAUAAUAUAACAGUUUAAAGUGAUUUCGGAAGGACCUGGCGACCUUGUCGAGAAACGCGAGUGAAAUCAUAGGAAUAUCACAGGAUAAUGUGAAUGAUUUUUGUGAUCUUGGAGACUUAGGGAAAUGGCCAUCUUUUGUUCAUUUCUCUUUUAUUUUAAUAAUUAUAUACUUCUUUUGAAAAUGCGACUCUGCAUUGAGAUUUUCAUUUUCCGAUUGUCUACUAAAAGCAUUAGAUUGAAUUCUACUGCAAAUAAAUAAGGAAUUCAUUAAUAAAUUUACAUUGUCAGUACUU